GGUCAGGGGGCAGAACAACAUGCGGUAUUGGUAUUGUCAGUGUACGCUAACAUGAGCCGAUGAAGCAAUGUUUUGAUGGUCAACAUUAUGGAUUUACUGGACAGUCAAUAUCCCAUCAAACAGGACUAUAUCUGAAUAAACGUGACUCGACCAUCGCGGCUCUAAUGCUUUGUCUGUGCUGCUGAGAGCUCCGGGCUGAAGUGUUUACCUGGUGGAGACUCGUUGACUCGAUUUGGAGUUUGUUUUGGGGCUGUGGAUAAUGGCGGCUCCAUUUGUGCCUGUCCCACUGCCCCUGGACCGCUCCCGAACAGCAGGCAAACUCAGGAGGCCUCAGAGAGCUUCGUCUUUAGGCAGUGUAUCCAGCAGCUCUGACUCCUCUGGCCCCAGGUUGAACGGAGACGGUCGAGAGUGUGGUGGAGGUGGAUUUGGCUCUCGACGGUCCUCCCGUUCCUCUCGCAGCAGGACCCCCCCUCCUGCCCAGAGCCCACUACUGCGUGCCCGAGUGAACGGUGCUCUGGAGCCCUCCGUGCAGUUCUCCGCCUGUCCACGGUCCAUCUCCGACCCAGAGAGGAGCCCCCAAACGCAGCCAGUUGAGCGGCCCAUCACCCCCACCGUCUUGGGGUAUGAAGUCAUGGAGGAGAGGGCCAAAUUCACGGUGUACAAGAUUCUUGUGAAAAAGUGCUCAGAGGAGAGCUGGGUUGUGUUUCGACGAUACACGGACUUCUCCAGACUAAAUGACAAGUUGAAGGAGCUGUUCCCUGGUUUCCGUCUGGCUCUGCCUCCAAAGCGCUGGUUCAAAGAUAACUAUGACAGUGAGUUCCUGGAGGAGAGACAGUUGGGUCUUCAGGCUUUUCUACAAAACCUGGUUGCUCACAAAGACAUCGCGCACUGUCAGCCGGUGAGGGAGUUUCUGUGUUUAGAUGAUCCACCAGGGCCCUUUGACAGUCUCGAGGAGAGCAGGGCUUUCUGUGAGACUUUGGAGGAGAGUAACUACCGUCUUCAGAAGGAACUACUGGAGAAACAAAAGGAAAUCACAUUAUUAAAGAAACAGCUGGAAGAGAAGGAGCAGGCCAUUCUUCUACUGGAGAGACACAUCAGUGGAGACACAGGGACGCAGGAGUCGCCCUGUGUUUCUGUUCAGGGCAGUGAGAGCAGCGCGGAGGUGGAGUCUUCAGCUGCUGAGGCUGACCAAGAUAUUACAGACCACAACGGAUCAGACUCGACAGUUGCAGUGAUCCGUUCUUCUGGCUGUUGGUGCGGGCCUGCUCUCAGUACCUCUCCUCCAGUCAUCGAAGUCACACAGCUGUACCACCAACCACAGGACGAAACCUAAAACCUCCAAAUUCAAAAUGUUUCCAACGUUUAUUCCAACUGAUAUCUCUUUCUUCAUUAAAAUGAGUGGCAAGGAACGAAACUUUGAGUACACUUUAUAAUAAUUACACCUUAAUUAACCUUAAUACAACAUGAACAUCAUGUAACAAAUAGUUUAUUAAGAAUGAUUCAGGCUUAGUGACUACUUCAUUAAGGGGUUUGGGUCAUUGAGUAGUUACUAAGCUCUUAAGUCUUUGUUCAUGCUUAUUAAGGCUAAUUAGAUGUUGUUUUUGUAAAGUGUUACCUGAACUUCUAUGUGUUUUGGAUCAGCCUGGAAAUGGUAUCUCAUCCCUAACCAGGAGAUUAUUUCCAGUGACGAGAGGGAGAGAGGGAGGCGGGGGUGGAUGGAGCCAUAUAUUUUGGGCUUAAAUCAGACAUUAAAGCCCUACUGUGGAACAUUUCACCUAAUGAAUGCAUUAAAAACACAUCCAUUUUGUUUAUAUAACCCACUCCAAAAAUGGUUUCAUUGUGAUUGCAAUGAAAUUAAAUUCCUUUUUUUAAAAAUUGAAUUUCUUUUGCUCUCUUUUGCGAUGGAUCCUACCUGGACGACUGGUAUUACAAACGUUUUAGUGUGAUGAAAAUUGUAUCACCGUUACCAUAGCAAUUAACAGUUCCAAUAAAAAUAUUGUACAUCUUUUUAAUGGGAAAAAGUCUUCAAAAUGUUGCCUACAAAGGGAAGUUAAAACCCAAAUUGCUGGUGCACAUAAGUGCAGUACUGGCCUGUCUUUUUAUGCAUCAGUGAAUGUUCCACAGUAUGGUUUUAAUCCUAAAAUACAGAUUAUACAGAUUGCAUCACAGUUUCUUACAUAAGGGACUGCAUUAUAAAUGGGUGGUUAUAUUGUUUUGGCUUCCCUUCACCUGUUACACUAUGUUCCAGCUCACUUUUCAUUACGGGUUUUGUUGAUUCUGGCUUGAUCAGCUCUGAAACGAUUGUCCCUCUUCCACAAUCAUGUUUUUGCAUCUUUCUAUUUUAUUAUAACCGUAUCUUCACCUUCAAAUUUUAGAGAAGGGUCUAAGCCAGGAAAGAGAAUUCUCCACAUAACAGCUUGUAUGAUUUAAAAGCUUAUUUCCGAUGAUACGAAACACCACGGGAUAUUUGAUCUGGAUCCAAAUCUCGACUACAAAAAGCAAGAAAUCUACUGUAGUGAUUCUGACCUCAACUUUUGCGUUUGGGACGUCCUGCUGUGGUUAAAUAUGACUGAACAGACAAGAAAUUUUGACCUUUUUGACUAAACCUGCAAGAUGGAGACAAUCAAAGACAAAUAUGAACCACAUUUCAGAACAAGAGGAUACCAGAUGUUUGUCAUUGCUGCUGCUACAUUUCACAAAUAUGAAAUCAAUCUAUUUAAUGCAAUAAUAGGUUGUUUAGAGCUGGUGUUAAAAUAUAUUGCAAUAAAUGUAAUAAAGUUAAAGGUGCUCUAUGUAACUUUUAUGGUAGAGGGAAUGUCACCUAAUUAUCGUGCAUUUUUUACAAUUACAGGAGAUUUUAUUGAGAAAAACAUGCAUUCUUAUCAUUAAUUUUGAAUACUCGUCUCCAUGGAGAUGCAAAAGUUUAAUGCCAUAAUGUUGAGCAUUUUAGGGAGACACAAACAACUUCCAUAGAAAUAUGAAUGUGACGGACCCUACGCCAGAACAGUUACAUAGUGCAUUGGUUUAGUUGCUGUGUUGGUAAUUUUCAUGUAUCACAUGCAAAAUUUUUUGGCAAAAUGCUGUUUUAUCCAGUUUAACCAAUCAUGUGUCUUUGAGUACACAGUUUAACACUAAUCCUAGUUGACCACUCAAUGUUGAAAUCACAUGCAUUGGCAAUAUGAUACCCGAAAAACUCAUAUCACUGGAAUUUACUCUAUUUUCUCCUCACUGAAAUUGUUAUGUCACUUCCGGGUCCAGCCAGAAUCUUCACAGCUGAUUCAUAGCUUUGUUUUUGUUUCUUAUUCAUCAAAUAAGAGACAACCUUACCUUUCAAAAUUGUAUAUUUAACCAGAAAUUGUAGAAAAUAUGUAAAUAGUGUAAUUCUAAUCUAGCAUAACAUAGUAGCGGUGUGUAUAUCUCACUAACUGCUGGACACUCCUAAUGCUAGCCUAGCCAACUUACCUCAACCUUUUACACUUGCACACACAGUAUGUCACACUAUCGCCGCUUUAAAAAAAAUAAAUAAAAAAGAGGAAAUUGUAAACAUGUAAACAUUUUAAUCGGCUGAUGUGCCUUGGACCCAGAAGUGACAUGUCCUACGGCAGUAUGGCUUUGUCAGUGCUGAACCACUAAUUUAAUUACCAUCGCCAUAGAAACAAAAACACCACUAUUUUCUAUAUCCACUACAUUUCACAUUCCUUUAAGUUUUGAGUGUAAUAUUUGGGGUCAGCCAUGUUCCACUUGUAACAAAAGAAAGCCACAAUAAUGUUUAUGUUGAAAAGCCAUUCCCUGCUUUGACAAAUGCAGUCACUGUAUCUCCAGCAUCUGCAAAUGUUGUACUUAAAGGUGCACUCCGGUAAUGUUCUGGUUGAGGGAGUAUCUGCCACCUGGUUGUCUUCAUGAUUUUAUUGCUUUGCCUGAAAUGUUCCACAGCAGGGCAUUAAACUUGUCAGUCUUAAAGGAAACAAACAGGUGCAGCGAUCUGGCCGAGUUACAGGUCAGAUCUCUGGAAAGAUGGCCUAAUAAGAGUAAGAAUCUAUGGUUUCAAGAUAUUUUUAGCAAUACUAUCACCUGUAAUUGAAUGUGGCAUUAAACUUGCCUGUCUCCAUGACGACAAGAAGAAAAGUUUUGUAGUGCACCUUGUAAGGUAAUACAUCUGAAUUUGUCAAAUAAUCAAAUUAACUUUGAAAUCAAUUAAGUCAAUACAUUGACUUUUCAGCAUUUUAUUUGUGUUAUUUUUUGUGAAAUCUAUUACUUCAAACUACACAACUUCAAAGUAGUAGCUCAAGCUCAACUUUUAAAGUGGAUCUAAACUAAAUCAACUUUUUUGCUACUUAGGUGUGUAUAUAGUGUUUUAAAAGCAUUGUCUACAAUUCCCAGCCCAUUUUUGGCCAUUUUAGUGCAAACUAGGUCAGUUUGCAGCUUUGUGUUCAAAAACUGAGUGGGCUGUGUCCACUGCAAUUUCAAGUACUAUGUGACAUCACAUAGGCCUUCAUUCAACACAGGUGUUUCUGAUUACAAACACCUGGCUGCAGGGUUGGAGUUUGAAGUGUGUUUACAUGUUAGACCAAUCACACUCCUCCAGACUACGCCCCUUCUCCUCCCUCACUCUCUUCUUUAGUCCUCCAGGUACUGCCCAGUUUAGCAGCUUGAAAUGUGCUUGUGGGUGGAGUUUAGGUGUUUAGUCCCACUUUAAACUGCUUCAGUCCUUGCACCCUCUGCAGGUGACAGUGCUUUUCCUAUGUAAUUAUCAGGGUUACUUUGACUUGUUUUUCAUACAUAUCAAUUUGAGUUGUGAAUACAUUUUAUCAAGGCUUGGGUGUUAAAAUAUAAUAAUAUUCUGAGAAAGCCAUAAUUUUGAAGACAUUUCUGGUCUUUUGAAAUGCAUUUACUGUGUGACUGUUGAAGAUGUUGAACUUUGAACUUUGAACCCUGGAGGUCACACAAAGCACUUUAAGGACGAGUGGCUGAAAUUAAGUUUUUGCCUUUCUCUCUCUUUUUUUUCUUCUUCUUCUUUUAUUUGACCGAAACAGGAAGUGCCUUUGCAAUCCUGUUUAACUGGAACUAACGAGGGGCUAAGUCAAAUAUUGGACAUUGGACAAUUUGAAUGGAAGCCAGUGCGAACAGUUGCUGACCCUAUCUUGCAAUGUGUUAUGAACUCAAUUGUGAUAUUUUAAUGAACUCAAACUAGUCUUUCUAUUUUGGUAGCUCUGAGUCUUAGAUACAUUUGGUCAAAUCCUUGGAUAAAAAAAAGAAACUUAUGAAAAAAAACAAAAAAAAACCAAAACAAUUCUGACCAUAAUAUUCACAAAAAACUGAAAUUUUACUUUUGAAAAUUAGAAAAAAAUUGUCUUCCAUUCAUAUUUUGUCCAAUAUUGAGCCCUAUUAAUGCAACUAUAUAUAAGAUUACUGGCAUUAUUUGUACUGUGGUUUCACUUGAAGAGUUUUUCCAAGUGCCUUCUCCUUCACUUGUUAUAUAUGUUUAAAUAUAGCUUUAUACGGCAUUCACGCUCACUGCUAAUUAUGAAAAAGCUGUUUUGAUUCACGUUUCUGUCAAGUUUCUAUGUUUUUGUAUUAGUAUGAAUAUUAUACACCUACAGUUGCACUAAGAUGUGUCUGUAUAGAGUAAGCUUCUUGAGUACUUGGUUUAAAUGGUCAAACAUUGAUAUGGACUGGGCUUACUGCUUUGACAU